CGGCGGAGGAACUUUGGCGUCACUACUCUUUGCACUCCGGGACUUGCGACUCGCGAGAGAAAAAUGACCCAAUUCCGGCCCUGCAUUGACCUGCACUCGGGGCAGGUCAAGCAGAUUGUGGGUGGGACUCUCAGCAACGUUGCCGAAGACCUGAAGACCAACUACGUCUCCAAGCUCCCCGCCAGCCACUAUGCGGAACUGUACCAAAAGCACAAUUUGCGAGGUGGGCAUGUGGUGAAGCUUGGACCGGGCAACGAGGAGGCAGCACUCGAGGCAGUUCGAGCCUGGCCCAAUGGGCUGCAAGUAGCCGGAGGAAUCACCGAUAAGAAUGCGCAAUACUGGAUUGACCAGGGUGCCGAGAAGGUGAUCAUCACUUCAUUCCUCUUCCCCUCGGGCAAAUUCUCCCUCGAGCGACUGGAGUCGGUACUUGCAGCUCUUGGCGGAGACAAGUCGAAGCUGGUCUUGGAUUUGAGCUGCCGGAGGAAGGAUAAUACCUGGUUCGUGGCGAUGGACCGAUGGCAGACCAUCACAGAGAUGGAAAUCAACCAAGAAUCGAUUGCACUCUUGGAGCCUUACUGUUCGGAAUUCUUGAUUCAUGCUGCGGAUGUGGAGGGUCUACAGCAGGGUGUCGACGAGGAGUUGGUGUCCAAAUUGGCUGGAUGGUGUACCAUUCCCAUCACCUAUGCUGGUGGUGCCCGAAGUCUACAGGAUCUUGAAAAAGUUCAUAUCAGCAGUAAGGGCAAGGUCGAUUUGACGAUCGGAAGUGCCCUGGAUAUCUUUGGCGGUUCCGGAGUGACCUUUGAUGAGUGUGUUGAGUGGAACAAGACACACUGAAAAUAGAACCAACUUAAAAUAGACGACCCUGGCGAAGGACAUGAUGAAUGUGAAUUGAUUCAAUAUACUAACGGUCCACGUUUGCGGAAAGAGCAAUGACAGAGUGUUCCGUGUUCGCAGACUGGUUAUGAGUGCUCCAGAAAGAUCCAGCUUCAUCUGCCACGGUACUUAAAAGCAUCGCGGAUAUCCUUGAUUGACCUAGCAAUUCGAACCAUUUAGAGCAACAAG